CCUUAGCAUACGAAGAGACGCAAAGAACAGCCAAAGUAGCGUAAGCCAAACAAUCCCUCUUUUCUUGAAUCUACGGCAUAAGAAGCGCGUGAGCGACCCCAUCAAACGUAAGCCGUCCGAUCGGACCACCUUAACCCCAUUUGUUUAUGCGUUUGUUCCUUGUCGAGGCGUUCUUGUGUUGUUGAAUUCUAAGUUGCAGGUUGUUUCCAUUAGUCUGCCCCUGCCCCUGCCCCCCAUCUUCCUCCUAUCACAAAAACUCUCCAUCUUCAUCGAACGGCCAUCAAUCAAGCCCAGCAUCCCAUUGAGACGCCACAACCGCACGAUCAUCGAAUUCCCGUCUCCAUCUCCAAAUAAACAUCUUUUUUUUUUCUUUUUUUUUUUUCUUUCUUGUGGUGGGGGUGCAUAAUUCAUUAUCGAACGAUGAUGCUGGUCCCACCAUGGCUAGAACCAUUGCUAUCGACCGACUUCUUCUCCGUCUGUCGAACGCACCGAGACGCGACGCGGAGCGAGCGCAACAUGUACUGCCUGGAUUGCGCCGGGGAUGCCUUCUGUUACUACUGCCGUGCGUCGAGACACAAGGAUCACCGUGUUAUUCAGAUAAGGAGAUCAUCAUAUCACGACGUGGUGAGAGUGGGGGAGAUACAGAAGGCGCUGGACAUAAGAGGCGUACAGACGUAUGUAAUAAACAGUGCGAGAGUGUUGUUCUUGAACGAGAGGCCACAGCCAAGAAGCGGGAAAGGAGGGGCUCAUGCUUGCGAGAUAUGUGGGAGGAGUCUCUUAGAUCCCUUGCGCUUCUGUUCUUUGGGUUGUAAGCUUGUAGGAAUAAAGAGAAAUGGAGAUGCGAGCUUCAUCUUAGACGACACACAUCAGGUUGAAGGAAUGGACGGCGAUGAUGAUAGGGUGGAAGGGAUCGGAGGAGAUCAAGGGGCCGCAAGAGACGAAGAUGAAUUGCGUGUGGGUGCCGGCCAAGAGAUGCACAUUCGCACGCCUCACCCUAGCCAUUCUUCUAAUGCAAGGAGACGAAAGGGCAUUCCUCAUAGAGCACCCUUUGCCUCUUCCUCUUCUUAUUAAAUUAUUAAUUUAAUUUUUAAUUAAUUCCAAUAAACAAUGCUCUACCAAAGCUCUUCUUUCAUGAUGCACCCGCAUUGCCCAUUUCUUGCUGGAAGUUGCACUGUACCUACGAUGCAUGUUAUAUAUCUAUAUCAGGAGC